AUGAAUCGACACACAGCGUCAACCAUCCUCCCAUACUCACUCAUCCGCGCCACCCCCGCCGCCUCGAUCUCCUCGACCUCUUCGAAACCCGCCACCUCGGUCGUUUCGCAGGCCCCCUCCUCCGCCGGCGGAGAUGCCUCACGACUUCCCGUCACGGGCGGUGUUCGUCGCGAAGUGCCCCUCCCGUCGCAGGACCAGAAAAAGGGAGCUAUGCAAUUCGCCCUGACCACACUAGAUCAGAUCGCAAACUGGGCUCGCCAAGGUUCACUGUGGCCUCUGACCUUUGGUCUGGCGUGUUGCGCCGUGGAGAUGAUGCAUCUCUCCACACCUCGAUACGACCAGGAUCGUCUGGGAAUCAUCUUUCGCGCGUCGCCCAGACAGAGCGAUGUGAUGAUCGUGGCAGGCACACUCACCAAUAAGAUGGCCCCCGCGCUGAGACAGGUGUACGAUCAGAUGCCCGAGCCGAGAUGGGUGAUCUCGAUGGGAUCUUGUGCGAACGGUGGAGGUUAUUAUCACUACAGCUACAGCGUGACGAGGGGCUGCGAUCGGAUUGUCCCCGUGGAUAUUUACGUGCCUGGCUGCCCGCCCACGAGUGAGGCGUUGAUGUACGGCAUCUUUCAAUUGCAGAAAAAGAUGAGACAUACCCAGAUUACAAGGCUGUGGUACAGGAAGUAA